UGGCGUGAUCGGUCAAGCGAGCGAGCGCCCCCCUCUCACACACUGAUGUUGAACCCACAUAGCUUUCCAUGGGAUCUGCUACAUCAACAUCCCCCAUCAACAUGCCCCCUCACUCGUUCACUCAGUCCGUCUCUGUCUCUCUCUUGCUCGCUGUCCUCCUUUGGCUGCAGGGUUGUCAGGCCGAAGACUCACACCUUUUGGGUUCAGUCCCCAUUAAUAUAACUGAAGAAUCAGACAUGGCAAGCACCAAAGGAGUCCCCAGGAUGGGGAAGAUGCUUAUUGAGCUGAUGACCCUACUGGGGGCUGUUGGUUUGAGCAACAGCGCCAUCCAGAGGCCUGACUAUGAUGACACUGCGGCCCCCGAGUUCCUCAACCCCUCCUGGAUGGCGGACCUCCCGGACAGCCGCCCGCUGUCCGAGGUCACCAUGCCUGGCACCCACAACACCAUGGCCAUCUACGGUGGCGCCUUGGCCGAGUGCCAGUCCUGGAGCCUGGCGUCACAGUUGCGUGCCGGUGUGCGCUUCCUGGACGUUCGUGUGCGCCAUGUGCGUGGCAACCUCACCAUCCACCACGGCGUGUCCUACCAGCGGGCGCACUUCGGUGACGUGCUGGAGGGCGUGGCUGACUUCCUACGUGAGUACCCCAGCGAGAUGGUGCUGAUGCGGCUCAAGGAGGAGUUCAGUGAGACCUUUGACAUCUACGGGGCGGUGGUCGGCUACAUUCACCUUUACGCCGAUUGGGACCUGCUGUGGCACAGUCGGCUCAUGCCAACUGUGGGACAGGCCAGAGGGAAGCUCAUUGUCCUCCAGGACUUUGGCGGACCUGACCUCGGCAUGCGCUACGGCUCCCUGGACAUUGCAGAUGACUGGAAGGUCCCCACCCUCCUGCAUGUGGCUGAGAAAUGGCAAAGUGUGCACGAACACCUGGAGACUGCCCCUGUUGGCAACAAGGCCUAUAUCUUCCUCACCUAUGGCAGCGGAGCGGGCAUCUUUGCCUACCCCAACGCCAUCGCCCAGCGAAUCAAUGCCCGCCUGUACGACUACCUGAUGGCACUGAUAGGGCAGAACAGGCGCUUCGGAAUCAUCACCAUGGAUUUCCCCGCCUCUCCCCUCCUUCAAAUGAUCAUCAACUUCAACUGAGAGAGAGGUCCCUCAUCUACUAAGCCUACUACCAUACAAUCAACAUAGAUACUCUCAAAUUAAAAUUGUUGGGACACUACAUGA